ACAGUCGUUUCACAAAUGAAUCACAUGUUUAUAUUGUGCAAUGAACGGGUGCCAUUUUCCGAAGCUGAAAACAAACAAUCUAAUUGUCUUUUGAAGAACAAGUACCGUUCGGACCUUUAUCCAAAAGAUAAAUAUGUAACUUCGAGAGCGUAUUUGCUACUUGUUCGAUCCGAACCAGUCCGGAAACAAACGACUGGCCACUUCGUCAGUCACGGUCAGUCAUAUGACGGAACAUAAUGGAAUGGACGGCACUAAUUUUUAUGGCCGCUGGUUAUUGACCGUUGGUGGACCGAACCAAUGUUUUACAAUAUAGAUGGGGUUAGAACGAGCUCCUUAUUUCACCGAAGUACAUUUUUAAGAUAAGGAAAUCAGCUGUGGGUGGUACUAUUAAAGAGAUCGAUCUUUUGUAUGUCAAAGAGUGUAUAUCUCAACUCUUAUUGAUAGUGCAAUUUGGUUUCCUGAAGGGUCAGUGUCAGCGCAGCAGCGUAGAGGGAAAGCCGUAUCGGCUUGGUGUGUUAAAGAGAUUGUUAGAAAUCUAAUCUCUCAUCGCGCACAGAUAACAAAGAAAUGUCUUUCGCAGAGAAAUUGACAGCAAUAAUGCAACGGCCCGGGCAAGAUCCCGUGGCUAAAGAUGAUGUACCUUGGUGGAUGAAAUAUGCUGGGAGAGGGUUAGGCUGUGUAGGUGGUUUUGUUGCAAUAGCUUUGGGUGUUAUGAAUUGUGCAAGUAUUGUUUUAGGACAAGUAGACUGUCUAAUUGGUGGAUUAUGGCAAAUGGUUGCAGGUUUUCUAGUUAUUCUUGUGGAAGCACCUUGUUGUUGCUUUUUCAUCGAUUUUGUUCAGAAUAUGGCAGAAUUUGCUGAUAGACGCCCUUACUGGAAUAGAGGAGCCCUUUAUGUUAUAAUUGCUCUUCCAGCGAUUUUCUUGUGUCCUUCACUCUCCAGUAUAUUUGGUAGUGGAUUGAUAUUUACAACGGGAGUAAUUUAUGGACUGAUGGCUUUGGGGAAAAAAGGAUCACGUCAGGAUAUGGCAGCAAUGGCGUCUCCACCUGCCUCUACUCCUCAAGCAGAUCACAACACUACUCUAAUGGAGGAUCCUGAUGUUUGGCGUCCCACCUAGAUGCACUAACUUUGGAGGGCAUCGCAAGAUGAGAUGCGGACCAACGCAGCUGUUGCGACUGCCUCACGGGACGGUCAGCCGUCAGGGCUGAAGUCUACACUUGUUGACGGUGCCCAGCCCAUGGGUCUCUCCGUACCUCCUGCUUUUGAUAGUGGCGUCUGACAUUUGUGAGUAGGCGUACUAAAAAUAGCAUCGUGUUAAUACUUAUUUAAUGCUGUUAUAGCUCCUGUGAUGUUUCUUUAUACCGUGUUAUGAAUCAGGUUGAUACAGUGACAGUGGUGUUUUGUUAGUCAAUACACUUUUUAUAUGUAAAUAUUCUUUCAGUCAUGUAAUGAUAUUGAUAUUUUGGUUAUAUUAUGUGUGUUGUCCUGGGUAUGAGUGUCAUUAGAAACCUGCAGUAGAUGGGACCUUAAUUCCAGUGGGGUGAUAAUUUAUGUGUAUACAUUUUUGGAUGAAUUCCAAAGCAACUCUAAAGCUUAUAGAUCUCUUUACGAUUGCACUAUUGUGAUUUGCUUCAUUCUCAUCUUAGAAUUUAUUUAUUUAUUCUUUGUGCUGCUAUGUAUGAAAAUGGAUUUAUUGAUUCAUUCCCUUGGCUGUUAUAUUUUGCCAAGAAUAUAAAAAAGAACUGAUGUUACAUUUGUUUGCCAAAUCUGAAGGGUUGUACUUGCCCUGUGUUAUGGAAAGAGUGUAGUUUGUAUGAUCUUUAUAUUCUUAUUGAACUAUGUUUGUUAUAUUGUGAAUGCAUAUCACGAACAACUUGCCUCUUUUAGAGGUAGAACUUUGUGACAGAUUUAGGAAUGGAGAAUAUAGAUAUCUUAUAUCAAGAGACAAUUGUUAUAUCAUUUAAAAUGUUGCCUUUUUUGUAACCACCAUUUUUUGUGAAGAAGCCUAUAAAAUAAGUGCUUUUGUCAUAAAUAAUACUAGAAAUAUAGAUUGAUAAGAAAAUGCAGGACAGUUGGGUGCCCUGUAGGCUGGUCAUCUCGACAAGUGUCCUUGGUUUCAGAGAAGAAUGUUCGGCUCCCCUGUGGUGCAGUAGAGGAGUGUUGCCACAUAGUGUAUCGGAAAGAUGAAAGUAUUGUUCAUUUACACUGCGGUUGUUACAUAUGAUGGUUGUAUUAGACCACCAGGAAUAAUUUCCUUAAUUAAAAAAAAUAAAAAAUUAUCAGUUGUUAUGGUUUCAGUACAUAUGCAAAUAGGGUUUGGAUGUGUGAGACAACUACUAGAAACGGAUAAUUGUUUUUUAAAAAAGUGGCACCAAAUGAUGUGGGCUCCAAUGCAAAGGGUGAAGCCAGUUGUAGUAGUUGUUUGAGUAGUAAUAUUUAACUUAGUCAAUUAAUUGGCUCACUGGCCACUACAUGUAUUGUAAGUGUAUCUGUUCAGUUUUGGGAACAUUACAGAAAAUCUGAAUGUGCUAGUUUUGCAGUUCCUAGUCUUGGUUUUCCAGUAUCAGACCAUGUCAACCAGUGUUGAUAUAUGUACUUACAGUUAUAGUGGAUUUUGAUGGUAAUUUAUGAGAACCCAGUACAAAAGAACCACGAGUAUUUGUGACAGCAGACUGCUGUAGCAGCUUGAUUAUUGAAAAUUUGUGUACAAAUUUAAAUGAAUGGAUUUGUUGAUUACUUUGAUUGAAGAGACAAAUGUCUUCAUCAUCCGCCACCAUUUUAGGCAUGUUAUAUUGUACUCCAAGCUUUAGUACCAGCACCAAGCUGCUAAUUGAUUCUUUGCUUAGAUUGGCAGUGGAGAUUUUUAUAUUGCAUUCCAAUUUUAAUUUUAGGAAUGGAAAAUUGGGUUCCUCAAUCUUCUAUAAAGAGAAUUUUUAGGUUUUAUAUUUGCUCAGAGCUGAUGAUUGAGAAGAAUUUCGUAUAUUUCAUAAUGUAUGCUUAAUUUCUGAAGGAUUUUGUAUAUCAAAAUUAAAGAACCAAAAUCAAUGUGUUCUGAUACAUUGUAUUUUUAGAUGGUUUUAAUGCACUGUUUGGUAUGCAAACUUUUAUUGAAAUUUACCAGUCAGGUACAGGUCUGGGAUUUGAGGAUAUGAAAUUGUUUCCACUGUAGCCAGCAUAAAUGAAGGUGCUGAUAUAUUUUGCUGUUGAGAGGAAUUUCCAUUGCCACAUGGUUGGGGGAGCGGAUGGGGGACCAAGCUGGUAACAAUGUCCCAGAGCUCAUGGUCAGGUUUUAAUUUAAAGCAGCGUUAAGGGUGUGGUGGCUUACAGGUAGUCUCUUCCUACGUCAAUAAGGAAAAUAUGCAUCUCUGCUUGUGAGUCUAUGCACUUUGUGAACUGUGAUGUCAAUAAGUGUUGCACAUACUCGCAUAAAGUAGUUUUCCAUGCAGCAAAACAGCAAUUGUAUAAAUGCUGAUCAUAGAGUUCAGAAGCAUCUCUUGUAUAUAUCUGUAUUUAAAUUGUGUAUCAUAUUUUCGUCAAGUCCUGUACAAUAUCCAUUUGACAUGCAAUCAGUCUGUGAGACUUGUGUGAAUGCUAUUUUAUGAAUGCAAUUUUGAAUGCAUUGCCUUGACUGAUGUCUCUUCAGCAACCUUACAGUUUCUCCUCUGAAUGUGAUGUUCAACACUGGAUACAUCUGUCCUGAUUGUGUCUCAUAGACUUGAUUCACAUUAUUUAAAAUCCACUCUCUUCCACUUGCAUCGACAGAUAUAAGUGUAUUCCGUGUAAGCAAGUCAUCCUGCCAUAUUGUCGAUGACUGUUGAGGAGCAUUAUUUUACGUGUAUGAAAAUUAAAUGUAGUUAUAUAUUAUUUUAAUGACCAUGUACUACAAUAUAUUAAUAAAUGUGUAGCUAAUGA